AUGCAUAAAGUAGUCCACUUGAACGUUCACCAACUCAAACCUGAUCUUUGUUACAAGUCUCCAACACUCAAUGUAAUAUCUAUCUAUCUAUCUAUCUAUCUAUCUAUCUAUCUAUCUAUCGCAGUUUGUUCAUAUCUAUCUACCUAUCUAUCUAUAGCAGUCUGCUCAUAUCUAUCUAUCUAUCUAUCUUCUGUUCAUUAUCUAUCUAUCUAUCUAUCUAUCUAUCUAUCUAUCUAUCUAUCUAUCUAUCGCAGUUUGUUCAUAUCUAUCUACCUAUCUAUCUAUAGCAGUCUGCUAAUAUCUAUCUAUCUAUCUAUCUAUCUAUCUAUCUAUCUAUCUAUCUAUCUAUCUGUAUCAGUCUGCUCAUAUCUAUGGCAGUUUGUUCAUGUUACUCUAUCUAUCUAUCUAUCUAUCUAUCUAUCUAUCUAUCUAUCUAUCUAUCUGUCUGUAUGUAUGUAUGUAUGUUUGCUGUCUAUCUAUCUAUGGCAGUGUGUUAAUAACUAUCUCUCUAUCUAUGGUAGUCUGUUCAUAUCUAUCUGUCUAUUGCAGUCUGCUCAUAUCUAUCUAUCGCAGUUUGUUCAUAUCUAUUUACCUAUCUAUAGCAAUCUGCUCAUAUCUAUCUAUCUAUCUAUCUAUCUAUCUAUCUAUCUAUCUAUCUAUCUAUCUAUCUGCUUCAUCUGUUCAUAUCUAUCUAUCUAUCUACGUAUCCUUUUUUCUGUCACGCCCACUGAUCAACAAGUGUCACCUAUAUUUCCUGCAGAACAACACGAAGCAGAAAACACUUGA